GGCGCAGAAAUCGCUUGAAUUUUUAGUUAGUCAAGAUGGCCGCCAUGAACUCGAGUUUACCUACAGAAAUUCCCGCAAAAGAGGAGGAAUUUAACGAAUUCUACACAGAGGUAAAAGAAAUAGAAAAAAGAGACUCGGUUUUAACACCGAAGCAACAAAUAGAAAGACUUUUGCGUCCUGGUUCUUCGUAUUUUAAUUUAAAUCCUUUUGAAGUUCUUCAAAUCGACCCAGCGACAUCCAUUGAAGAUGCCAAAAAGAAAUACCGACGUAUGUCGAUAUUGGUGCAUCCAGACAAAAACCAGGACGAUUCAGAGAGAGCGCAACAAGCUUUCGAAAUUGUUAACAAAGCCUGGAAAACUUUGGAAUGUGAAGAAACGAGAGCGAAAUGUAUGGAUGUUAUUGAAGAAGCAAAAGCUCGAACGGAUCACAUGAUCGCAGAAAAGAAAAAGAAAUUUAAGAAAGAGGGUAAAGUUGCUGAGGGUGCUGCAGUUCCAGCUUUAGAAGAAGAAACAGAGGAAGGUUACACACAUGCUGUCUGGGUUAUGACAAUGAAACUCUUCGCAGAUAUGGAACGCAGAAGGAGAGAAUUGAUGACGAGAGACGUAGAACAAAGGAAACGAAAGCGAGAAGAGGAAUUGUCAGCCGAGGCUCAAGCAGCCCUCGAACGGGAGUGGCAAAAAAAUUUUGAGGAGUCGAGACAAUUGCGAGUGGAUAGUUGGAAGGCUUUUCAAUCGGGUUCGGGAGUGCAGAAGCAAAAGAAGACGAAAAAGAUGAAAGCCUUCAAACCUCCGAAGACAAAAGCCGAGUCCCGAUAAUGAAGUAAAUUUUCUCGUAAGUUUACAGUCAGCAUCGGUCGCUAGUUUUCGAGUUUAUUUUUAAUUGGCAGGACGUUUUUCUCAAAUAUAACGGGAACAGGCUGGUGAGUUUGCUGGCAUCAUGACACGUUAUCGUGCCAAGAUGAGUUGCAUAAAAUUCGUGGUUGGUUCAUCGCAAUGAAGCGACAAAUGUGUAACAACGCAAGCCGAGUACUACUGAAGUUGGCGGACGUGUGCGUGACUUUGGACAAGAUUAAGUGCGAGUCUGUGAGUAAUAAUAAUUGCGUGUGCUUGUGUGUGCGUUCCUGUGUGUGAAUCCACGAAAAUUUGCAAAUGACCACAACGUGUGAUUGAACAAUUUGAACGAGCGCACAAUUAAUUUGUGCAUGAUUCCAUGCCGUAACUCGAAAUGUUGUUUACAAUGAGGGGCAACAUUUUGACGAUUUGCCGUUAAACUGGAAACCUCUUUUUAUGAUUGUUGACCCCACAGUCUUUUGUAUAUCACACGUUUGUUAGUCGAAAUCGAGUGCGAAUUUGUAGUUAGCCCUCCAAGGUAUUUCUACCUUGUGUAUUUACAAUCAAUUACGAUCAAAGAUAAAAAGAUUAUCAGUGCAAAAUUGGUGUAAUUCAUGAAAUUGGAGUAUACCCAUGACGACAAACUUUUCACGCGGAUUCUUAUGGGAUUCUUUGCGAGAAUUUUAACAUUAAGAAUGGAUAAAUCAAUUGCUAUUCUAUAUAUAUAUAUAUAUAUCGAUUUAAAACUUUGAGAUUCAUGUUUCUCGAAACAAAUCCUACAGAAAUUCACAUAAAAACAUUUUCGUCACGGAUAUCGUAAUCUGCCCUUUCCCUGGAUUAAAGUAUUAUAUUACUGAUAAAAUUAAAUGUUUGAGAUUUAAAUGUGAUACACUUGAUGAAGUGAUCCUAUAGUGUAAAAAUAAUGCCGCUGCGUGUAAACAAACGUCGAUCAAAGAAUGCCGGAAUUGUUGAAAAAAAUCGCAAAAAUAGUGGUAGAUUUAAUUCUUAGAUAGUGUGUAGCAUAUCAAAAUAUUGUGAAAUCUUUACCCACGAAUGGACUUUCCUUUGGCCUUAUAAUAAAUGAUUUUUUAAAAUA